AUGGGUUUGCCGGACCAGGUCUCCCAAAUCCAGCUUCCGCCGCUGCCGGCGUCCGAGUUCUGGAAUGAGUUGCAAUGGACCGUCCUCUUCUCUCUGCUCGAGGCAGCUCUCCCGUCCAUCUCGCAGCCAGCGACCCUUUCGGACCAAGCGAACCAGGUCCGAGUGUCUGAAGCCGAAUAUGCCCAGGCCCUCCACCUCGUACAGAACACCAUGAAGAAGCCCCCGUCAGAGGAGAAGUUUCAAGAGUGGCUAGCACACUGUCCCGCAAAAGAACCGAAAUUCGUCGAAAGCGUCAAGAGAACGCUGGCCGUAUUGCCCGGUGCUGCGCAGCGCACACUGGGUGGUGCAAUGGGUGCUUUGGCGACUCGCACUGGUACUCUGUUUCUUACUGGGUACUGGACACCGGUUCAUCAACAACCGGUCCAUGUCCGUGAGAGCAUGCUCAAGGCGUGGCAGACCUCCAGGCUUCCAACUAUCCGCGUUUUGUCAAAGUCAAUAUGUCUACUGGCUCAAAAGUGUGCCGUGCAAACCAGUCCCUUAUUCAGGGAGUUGACUGACUACACCGACAUGCCGGACUUCCAGACGCAUGGCGAGGGCUUCGACUUCAACUUCAUGCAGUUCGACUCAUCCCCCUCGCCAGCCGUCGUUGAGACCGACAUCGUAAUCGUGGGGUCCGGCUGCGGCGGUGCCGUGGCGGCGAAGGUCUUGGCUGAGGCGGGUCACAAGGUUCUCGUUGUCGACAAGUCGUACUACUUCCCCCCGUCCCAGCUACCCUUGCCGCAGGACAUGGGAUGUCAGUACUUGUACGAGAACGGAGGCUUUCUCACCAGCGACGACAACUGCCUCAACAUGGUUGCGGGAAGCUGCUGGGGUGGUGGUGGUACCGUCAACUGGAGUGUUAGCCUGCAGACGCAGGGCUUCGUACGGAAAGAAUGGUCCGAGAAACGCGGCCUGCCGUUCUUUACGUCUCCCCAGUUCCAGAACUCCCUGGACAAGGUUUGUGAAUUUAUGGGCGUAAGCACCGAUAACAUCCGCCACAACCACCGUAACAAGGUCCUUCUCGACGGUGCUCGGAAGCUUGGAUGGCACGCCGCUACGGCCCCGCAGAACACGGGCGGUGCAGAGCACUAUUGUGGCCAGUGCCACCUCGGCUGUGGAUCAACGGAGAAGCAGGGUCCUACCGUCAGUUGGUUGCCGGCGGCUGCAGCGUCGGGCGCCAAGUUUAUCGAGGGAUUCGAGGUUGAGAAGGUCACGUUUGAUGAGUCUACUGGUACCAAGCGGGCGACUGGUGUUGUUGGAAAGUGGAUUUCGAGAGACGUCAAUGGACUUCUCAGCACGCCGGUGGACCAGAGAACUACUAGAGAGGUUAUCGUGAAGGCCAAAAAGGUCAUCAUGUCUGCUGGCUCAGUCUCCAGUCCAUUGGUGUUGUUGCGGAGCGGCCUGACUGUGAGUGGUUUUCUUUCCAACGCCAACGUCCUGUCCUAA